AUGCCAAAAGAUGAACUGCUGGGCAACUCUGGCACGCGAUCGGGGCAAAUGGAAGAAUUACUGGCGCCUCCUCGACCAGCUCGAAGAGAAACAGGAAUUAAGAAACAACGCGCGACGAGCAAGUUGGCUUUCGUCCUGGCCGAUCUACGAUUGUCCAGGUGUUCAUCGUCAGGAGAGUCAUCGAAAUCUGGCAGCGACCGUCUUCUUAACGCGCUUCGCGCCGAUGGAGUACCAGGAAAGUUCGUUCGCUUGCUUGAUGACAUGAAUCAACGAACAACUGCUGCAGUUCGAACAUCAGGCGGAUGUACAACAUCAUUUGAAAAGGUAACUGGUGUAAGACAAGGGGCAGUGGCAGGACCCUUCCUGUUCAAUUUCGCCAUUGACGACAUUAUGCGAACAACAGUCGACCAGUGUCCUGCCGACAUUGUCUUAGCACCAUCAGGGUACGAAAGCAGUACGAAACUUCAACAUGUUGUCAACCUUGUAUCGAAGCUGGCUGCAGCCUACGGACAACGCCUAUGCCCUGAUAAAUGCAAGCAGAUGUGGAUCUCUUCGAGACCUCGAACGGGAAUCAGGAACAACGGCAGCUACGAGAGAGAUGUUCAGCAAAGAUGCGCUAAGGCCACUUCUGCAUUUAACUCCUUAACGAAAUGUCUGUGCUCGACCUCCAUCACCAACGAAGUCAAACUGCGAGUCUACCUAUCCGCAAUUCGCCCCAUCAUGAUGAACGGAUCGGAGACUUGGGCAGCACCAUCAACGGUUAUGGAGAGGCUUGACCUGGCACGGAACGAAAGCUGCUUAGACGGCUACUUGGCUACUUUUGGCCUAGGUGUGACACAAUGA